AUGAACUCCAACAAGGACAAUGGAGAACCAGUUUGGGGCCAGAUCAAUGGGAGACCGUACAGUUUCUGGAUUGGUCGAAAUAACGAGAGUCACGAGUACUGGGGCGGGGCUUUCCCUGAGAGUGGGAAGUGUGGCUGUGCUAUKAACCAGACCUGCACUGACGCCAGGUUUCACUGUAACUGUGACGCUGACUACCGCCAAUGGUACUCAGACAAGGGCUAUCUGAUGUGGAAGGACCACCUCCCAGUGAGGAAGGUGGUGGUGGGGGACACCAACAGGACCGGGUCAAAGGCCCACAUCAGCCUCGGGCCCCUACGUUGCCACGGCGACAGGAGCAUCUGGAAUACCAUAUCGUUCACCAAGCCCACCUACAUCGAGUUCCCCACCUUCAAGCCAGGCAGCACCGUGGACAUCUCCUUCCACUUUAAAACCUACCGCCCCCACGGAGUGUUCCUGGAGAACUCAGAUGACUGGCUCCGUAACUUCAUACGCAUUGAGCUCAACACCACCCAGAACCUGAUCUUCAUAUUCAUGGUGGGAGACGGCAUCCUCAACGUGACGCUACGCUCGCCGGUGCCUCUAAACGACAACGAGUGGCACUUUGUCCAGGCAGAGCUCAACGUGAAGUUGGCCAGGAUCAAAGUGGACUACCAGCCAUGGGCUGUGAGACGCUUCCCUGGCCAGACCUUUGUCACCAUGGAGUUCACCCACCCUCUCCUCGUGGGCGCAGCCAAUCGCACGCUGUGGCCAUUCCUGGGCUGCCUCCGAGGGUUACGAAUGAACGGUGUGACCCUUGACUUGGAAGGCAAAGCGAAUGAGGAACAGGGUAUACGGCGGAACUGUACGGGCCAGUGUCUGAACGCGACCAUACCGUGUCGAAACGCCGCCCAGUGUAUCGAGGGCUACGCAGCCUACACCUGUGACUGCGGCAACACUGCCUUCGACGGAUUCUACUGCCACAAAGACAUUGGGGCCUACUUUGAGAUAGGCUCGUGGUUACGCUACAACAUCAGAAAGAAGCCUACAACCAAUGAGGAGUGGUGGGCUAACUGGCUGGACCCCCACUACCACAACUUCAGCCUGGGCUACAACGACACCAGUGAUGAGAUCGAGUUCAGCUUCAGUACCUUCCAGACGCCGGCUGUACUGCUCUACAUCAGCUCUUUCGUCCAGGACUACAUGGCUGUCAUCCUGAAGAAAGAUGGAACCUUAGACAUGAGGUAUAGGUUGGGGUUGAUUACCCACAAGUACCAGUUGUCCUUCAGGAACCUGGCAGAUGGAUACCCCCACUACGUCAACAUAACCAGACACAACAGGACCAUCAAGACACAGGUGGACUACAUGGAGCCGAUAGUGGAGAAGAUCACCCUAGUGGAGGACGGCAGGUUUGACUCACCCAAGAACAUCUUCCUGGGGAGAGUGAUGGAGGUGGGUGACAUUGACUAUGAGAUCCAGAGGCAUAACAGUCCUGGUCUGGUGGGCUGUAUAUCUGGGGUGAGGUACAACAUAUACGCCCCUCUUAAGACCCUCUUCCGGCCGAACGAGACGGAACCGCCGGUCACCGUGCAGGGCUUCGUCUCCGAGUCUAACUGUGGGGCCUUCCCUCCUGUCCAUGGAUAUGUCCCCUGGGAGGCGGACCACUGGUUCACUUCUAUAGAAUACAUCUAUAUCCACGAUGACCUAGGCCUGUUUUGGUUGACAGCCAUGUUCAACUCUGUUCCUCCGACUAGAACCUCCUACAGAGACAUGGGUUUUCUGUAUACCCAGCCGCAUUGA